CGGUGGCCUUCCCUCCCCUCCCCGCUGGCGCCCCCUGGCGGCGGCUGGCGCUUCCCGCCGCGGCGGAAUGGAGGAGCGCAGAGCAGCGACGGACGGCGGGGCGGCUCUGGCCCGGGGCGAGGAGGACGAGGGCUGCGCGGGGCUGUGGGAGCUGCCGGUGGAGCGCUGCGAGAGGCGACCGGAGUGCGGGCGCUGCAGCCGUCCUCAGAAGGUGUGUUUAUGUCCAUUCCUGCCAGUACAGCCACUAAAGGUCUCCACCUGCUUGUAUAUAAUUCAGCAUCCGGCAGAGGAAAGUCGAGUGUUAAGGACGGUACCUUUGCUAGCAGCUUGUCUUCCUCCAGACAAAUGUAAAAUUUUGGUUGGUCGACGUUUUAAUGAAGACAGGUAUCCCGAAUUAGCAACUAUAUGCAGAAACCCCAGUACUCUAAUUUUGUAUCCUGGAGCUGAAGCAACCAAUUUGGAAGAAAUUGCUGUGAUGUCUUCUAAUCCAUCUGUUAUGAUCAUCAUCGAUGGAACAUGGAGUCAGGCUAAAGAUAUAUUUUACAAGAAUUCUCUCUUCCGGCUUCCCAAGCAGGUGCAGUUAAAAACCAGCAUUUCAAGUCAAUAUGUAAUUCGUACACAGCCAACAAACACCUGUCUAUCUACACUUGAAUGUGCAGCUGUUGCUCUUACCAUCAUGGAAAAAAAUGAGAGUAUACAAGAGACUAUACUCCGUCCACUUCAAGCUUUAUGCUCUUUCCAGCUUCAGCAUGGUGCCCAGAUCCAUCACAGCAAGGAGCAUCUUCUCAAAAAUGGCUUGUAUGACAAGCCAAUGCCAAAGAAUAAGCGCAAACUCAGAAGAAUGGAGCUUUUGGUGAAUAAUGUUAAAAUAUAAGAAAGCUGUACUGACAGUACAGUGGGAUUUAUUUGCAGCUGGCAAAUGAAUAUCAAUCUGGAUUUGAUCCAAACAGGUGACUGUGCGGUAACAAAACAACUUUUAGACCCUUAAUAAGCACAAUUUUAUCUACCAAUGUUACAAAUGGUAACGGACAAGCUUUUUCAUUUUUGUAGUAGACCAGGUGCCUUUGUUCAGAUGCUAGAAGAUCGUUCUCAUUUCAUAUGGAAAAGAAGAAGAAAACUGGGCGUAAUUUAGAGUUGUUUGUUGGGUGACAAGUAGGAUCCUGAAUAUGACCGGAUAAAUUUACUUUGGAGAAGCUUUUACUAGUGGGGAAAGACAUCAAAUAUGUGAUUGAACGGCAAGGCUUCAGCAUUUAGAUAUAUAUUAAAUUUCAGCUGAGCAUUUUGACUUUAGCAUCUAAUUGCAGUAGGUUUUCAUGAUAUUACUUAGUUCAGGUGGACAUGAGGCAUAUUAUUUGUAUAGCUAUUUUUAACUCUGAGAUUUUUAUUUCUUACUUUUUUUUGGUAAAUUUAUAUACGUUUUACAAUGCAGUUGGGUUUCGUUUGUCACUCAGACUUAAUAUUUAAAUUAAGCCUGUCUAUGUUUUUACCAGAACCCAAACACUACUGAUUUUUAAAAAAGGUGAAUGUAAAUAAAUGAUUUUUGGAAUUAUGACUCAGGUGCUCCACUUUUAUUUGGGCAAAAACUACUUUUCUGCAGGAGGGGACAUUUAGUGGAUAUGGAUACGUCAUACCCAUGCCUUGGCAUACAACAGUUGUGAUCCUAAAGGAAUUAAACAAGUGCAGCAUAAACAGCUCUGUGAGA